AAGACGAUUCUAGAAUACGUGACGCAGUUCCAGAUCUACCCAAAACCCUAAUUCACACCGCAACCCUUCCUCUCCCGUAUUCCUGUUUAAUGCACCAAACAAUUUGGAAACCAAAACGCCUGCUGAAAUUGACUAAUUUUUCGUAUCUUCACUGAAGAAGACAAGCCGAGCAUCUAUAUACGCGCAGACGUGUAUAUAUAUAUCUGGUCUCCUCAAUAUCUCUGCCAUCUCUGGUGUCUUGGUGCGGAUUGGGGUGGUAUUUUCGUGUUUGAGCUCUCCAUCCUCCAGAAGCAGGUGUAUUGUUUGUCUUGAAGAAAAACAUAUUAAUUUAUAAUUUGUCUCCUGAGGAGCACAACUAGAUGGAGGACUGGGAGGACGAACCAAUUCCACCUCUUCUCAAAAAGGAGCAACCAAUUCCUAGUUGGGAUGAAGAAGACGCGGAUGAUAAUGAAGUAAAGGAAUCAUGGGAGGAUGAAGAUGAAGAUGAACCUACUCCGGCACCUGCUCCUGAGCCUCCUGCUGAAAAGGUUCCCAAGAAGGCAACUGCAAAACCUAGUGACAAGAAAGGAAAAACGGUAGAAGUAGCGAAAGAAGUACCGCUAGAUCCUCAAGCAGAAAAACUUCACCAAGAAAGGCUUGUGGAAGAGGCCGAUUUUAAGUCCACUAGAGACUUGUUCGGCAGGAGAGGUGAUGAGAAGACACUUGAUAAUUUCAUUCCCAAGUCUGAAAGUGAUUUCUUGGAGUAUGCCGAACUCAUUACCCAUAAGCUUCGUCCCUAUGAGAAAAGCUUUCAUUAUAUCGGACUUCUCAAGGCUGUGAUGAGAUUGUCAAUGACAGCUCUUAAAGCGUCAGAUGCAAAGGAGCUUGCCUCUUCCAUUACUGCAAUUGCAAAUGAAAAGCUAAAAGCGGAGAAGGAAGCCAAUGCUGGCAAAAAGAAGACAGGUUCGAAGAAGAAACAGCUACAUGUUGACAAGCCAGACGACGAUGCAGUUGUUGAUGCCUAUGCUGCUUAUGAUGACUACGAUUUUAUGUGAAUUGCCGGUUAAUGGUUACCCUUGUCCUGCACCAAAGACAGAUCUCGUGUUCAAAGUGUUGAAGUAGAGCUGGGAGAUCUUGCGGCAUUUCCUCCAAUAUUAUGCGGACUGAGUGUGUUAAAUUUGCAGUCAGCAUGUCGGAUGUGCGAUAAAAUCUCUUAAAAGGAUCUAUUUUUCCUUCUUUGUUUUCGGUUGGCGACACCGGUUGCACAAAAUUCUGUCGACAUCUGUCUUUGUUGAUCUGUUUUGCCCCCUUCCUUGCGGUGGUUGAUUCAAUGGCAUAUAUGGUGAAACUAUGGUAUAGACUUGAGUUUCUACGUCCCAAUAUACCGUCUGUCAUAGUGAUUUUGGUUGCUGUAAGGUUGGUUAUUCAUUAUGCCUUGGUAUUAACAAUAAAGUUGUUCUAAGGUUAUGAAUUCGAGUUAUGAAAAUAGUGAAAACAAGGGUUAAGCUGUGCUCAAACCCACCCUUUGCGGAAUAA